CCAAACCAGCGUUCAACAGCUGCACCGGAAGGAAUUAAAGGUUGCACAACGUCGUGUUACGUGACCUGAGCAAAGAGCGUUUGAUAAGAAAACCCUCAGUUGCAUUGACUCAAAGACUGUGCGCUGUACGAUGACCAGUUCUCCAAGAUGUCUACAACAGCAGGACGAGUUUUCAACGGUCUGACACGAGUAUCGUUCAGGCGAGGGACUUUAAUUCAUAACUCGACCGUGAGCAGACUGAACACUGUGCAGUCCUUAUCUUUGAGCUCUCAGAGGCCCACACAUGACAAAGAGGUGAACAAUGAGCCCAUCAGGUUCUCCACCAGUAAAGCAAGUCACAGGACCUGGAAAGUCGACCGCUCCAUGGGGAGCCAGUUUGAGCGGCCGUGGUGGAAAGUCCUCCCCAUCAGCCUGUUUGCCACCGGCUUCCUUCUGUGGUGCGCACUGAGAGAUGAGACGGACAUUGAUGCACAGCUGGAGAAGCAGCUGUAUGAGCACUUACCUGGCUUGCUUUCAGAUGAAGAGGAGGAGCAAGUCCAAAAUAAAUCAAGUUAACAAAUUGUGGGACUUCAGAUGUAUAUAUUUCAGGUUUUAUUUAUUGUGGAAUGUCUGUAGUAUUGCAGGCUGUUGCGCUGAAGAUGUAGAAGUGAAGCCGUCCAGUACUACAGAAAUGCAUAGUUUUUUUUCCCCUCAGUGAAAAAUUAUAGGUUAGCUCAUCCAUGUCUCAAGUUUUAGUUGAGUGAUCAGACUCCUGGAUUAAAAAUGCCUCUAUUUAACCACAA